CAACGCGACAUAUCGCAAAAGUGCUAAGCACCACUAAUACCUAAUAGCAAUGCUCUAUAUAUAGAGAGAGAGAUUGAUCAGAUAUUGGAUAUUAUUAUUGAUCACCUCUUGAAAGUUAUGGACUUUCGAAGCUCUAAUGUGGUUGUGCCAUGUGUGCAAGAAUUGGCAAAAGAUCCCAAUAUGGUGAGUGUUCCACCAAGAUACAUACGCAAUGAUCAAACUCAAAUUGAUCAAACCAAUAAUUCUUCUGUAAUUUCUUCUGAUGAAACCCCAGUUAUCAACUUCCAAAACUUAUUGCUUAUCUCUCAAUCUCAUCACCCACAAUUGUAUCAAUCUGAACUCAAUAAGCUCCACUCAGCAUGCAAGGAAUGGGGCUUCUUCCAGUUGGUAAACCAUGGUAUAAGUGAUUCUUUGGUGGAGAAAAUAAAAGAAGGGAUAGAAAAAUUGUGCAAACUGCCGAUCGAGGAGAAGAACAAGCUAUGGCGGAAUCCAGGAGAUUUAGAAGGCAUUGGAGAUCCUGUUGUUUUUUCUGAUGAACAAAAACUUGAUUGGAAAGAUGAGUUAUUUCUCAUUACUCUACCACUUGCCUUGAGGAACCCUCACUUAUUUCCAAAUCUCCCUCUUCCUUUCAGGGAAAAUUUAGAAAUUUAUUCAUUGCAAUUGGCAAAACUAGCCAAAGACAUAAUUUCCCAAAUGGAGAAGGUUAUAGGAAUAGAAAGCAAAGAAAUUUCCAAAUUAUUUGAAGAUGGAAUACAAUCAAUGAGUAUCAACUAUUAUCCUCCAUGCCCACAACCAGAGAAAGUUACAGGUGUGGCCCCUCAUUCUGAUGCAUGUGGCAUUACCUUUCUCCUUCAAUUGAACCAAGUUGAUGGCUUUCAAGUCAAGAAAGAUGGCAUGUGGAUCCCUAUCAAACCUCUCCCAAAUGCUUUCAUUGUCACUUUAGGAGAUCUGCUAGAGAUUAUAACAAAUGGAAUAUAUCUUAGCAAUGAGCACAAAGCAAUAGUGAACUCUACAAAGGAAAGAAUGUCUAUUGCUACAUUUCUUAAUACGAAUGAAGAUUGUGAAAUAGGCCCAGCACACAGCUUGAUCACUCAACAAAAUCCUGCCCUAUACAAAACACUGUCGAGUAAAGACUAUGUAAAGGGUAUAUUUUCACGUGAGGUUUAUGGAAGAUCUUACGUUCAAGAAAUGAAAUUGUAAGCUAAUUAAUUAUUUGACAAGUUGCAUGGGGUUUAAUAAAUCUUAAUUACAUUACUACUUGUAUAAGUAAUGUUUUUAUUAUUUGUAAUAAUUUGUUACUAUAUAGUUACCAAAUAUACUUUGGAAACUAUGUUUGUUUGGUUUUGUUAUUUCCUUUCGAUAUUUGUUUUGUGCUUUGCGUGAGGUUUGUAAUUGUUUCCCUUUAAUUUGGUUUUCAAUGAAUUGGGGUGAUCUAAGUCAAUUAGCUGU